CAGAAACAAAGACGUGUUGACAUGUGAAUACCAUGAUCAAUUGCAACUUCCAAAUCUUACCUACUCAUUUCAAAGCCCCCCAACCUUCGCUUUUUUCAUUGGUACGUAUUGAUUAACCUAGGUUAGGUACAAACAUUGAAGGUGUCGAUUACGUAGUGCAUCAUAUAAGACAUCCAUACCUCAAUACUUUCAUCAACAUACCACACCUAACUACCUGGCACCUGCAUCAUAACCUACCUACAUAGUAGUAUCUAACCCACAUAGGUACCUACCUAAAAUCUAAAAUACAGCUGUAACCCCUUUGUCUAUUACAUCAGCUGCCUACCAACUAGUAUUUCAAGAUGGGAGAAGUCAAAACCGUCGAGGGGACCUUUGAAGUUGACGACGUCAGCCUUUAUACCAAAUCCUGGCUUGUGAGUACAUAUAUCCCUUACAUAUAUAUACAUAUAUAUAUAUUUAUAUGUAUAUAUAUAUCUUCCCUUCAAGAUUAGUAAACACAUAUACCUACAUAACCAGCUCACUAACAAUCCCCCCCCUAGCCGGAUGGUCCUCCCAAGGCAAAGCUAGUCAUGGUCCACGGCUUCAGUGACCACGUGAACCGGUACCAUGACCUGUUCCCCAGCCUCGCGCGCCGCGGCAUCGCCGUGCUCGGCUUCGACCAGCGCGGCUGGGGCAGGAGCGUCCGCAAGCCCUCCGACCGGGGCCGCUCCGGCCCCACGGCCACCAUCCUAUCCGACAUCGCCACCUUCAUCCGCACCAAGGCCCUCCCGCCACCAUCAUCAUCAGAUUCCAACGAAAAUUCCGACGUGCCGGUGUUUGUGCUCGGCCACUCGAUGGGCGGCGGCGAAGCCUUAGCCCUCGCCAGCACGCCCGCGCACGACGCCGUGGUCUCGCGGGUCCGCGGCUGGAUCCUCGAGGCCCCCUUCCUCGGCUUCGGCCCCUCCGUCCAGCCCAGCCGCAUCACCGUCGCCAGCGGCCGCCUCGCCGCCCGCGUCGUCCCCCACUUCCAGCUCGUCCAGCCCAUCCCCGCCGAGCACCUCACCCGCGACCCGGACAUGCAGAAGGACAUCGCCGCCGACCCCUUACUCCACGACACGGGAACCCUCGAGGGUAUUGCCGGCAUGAUUUCGCGCGCCGAGGACCUAGGCGCGGGCAGGUUGAGGCCGAGGCCGAGCGUGCGCUCGCUGCUGGUCGCGCAUGGCACGGCGGAUAAGGUGGCCGCGUUUGAGCCGGUCAAGAAGUGGUGGGAUGCGUUUGGGUGUAAACUUCCGGAUGCGACGUUUAAGCCGUACGAGGGGUGGGCGCACCAGCUGCAUAGCGAGGUGGGCAGGGAGGAGUUUUAUCGCGAUGUGGGCGAUUGGAUAUUGGAGAGGUCGGGGCCGGAGUCGGGGCCGGAGGCUAAGUUAUGAGGAGGUUGUGAUGAUGGGGAUGGGGAUGGGGAUAGGGGGUGAAGAAUGAACGAACGAACGAAUGUUGCGUCGGUUGAAGAGAGGAGAUGAGGAGAGGUGAGGUUGAUUUAAUGGCACGUGAGACAGGGCAAGACAUGUUGGUAGUUUUCACUGUUUACGCGUUCAUAGUCUCUGGCCCCCACGACUUGAGUUCAACCAACUAACCAACUAACC